UCUGUAGCAAACAAGCAACAAAGAAGAAGAAGACGAUCGAGUUGGGUUGAUAAGAUUAAUGGCGCAUGGGAAGGUGGCCGAGUGGAUACGGAAGCGUACGAUGCCGAGGAAGCCGGCGGCCAUGCGCGACAGCACGAGCAGCGUGGCGUUGGAACCCAUACUGAGGAAGGCGCUAGCGCCGAUGCCUAGUAACACGGCCGUUGGCCGGAGCAGGAGUGAUGCCGGUGGUGGCGGCGCCUUACCGGCGCAUUCCAAGGCCCGGCGAAGCGCCUUCCUGCCGGCGCUGAUGCGGCGGCGGCCGCGCGUGAACGUGUUGGCCGUGCUGUGCGAGCAGGUGGUGUACCACGUGAUGUGGCUGGUGGAGUCCGUGGUGUUGGUGGGCAGGCUCUGCUGCUUCCUCAUGCGCUUCGGCUUCAAGCAGCUCUGACUUCAUUCCUCCAGUUGCCGCCAUGGCGUUGAUGGUGGAAGAGAAGAAGCGUGCGUUGGAUGGAUUUUAUUUCUUUCUUCUUCUUCUUCUUCUUC